GGUUGCUUGGUCAUGUCGCCCAAGCCGCCGUUGACGUCAACGACGCCGCAAUGGCAGCUCUAUCUCUACGCUGCGAUCUUCCUCGUGCUGUCCAUUGUAUUGUCCAAUGUGAUUGCCUGGUUUAAGCAGUUCCGUCAGGAGGCUCGUAUUGCCCAAAAGACUACGACUUUGACGCAGGACGCUGCGGUAGCGACUUCACCGACCAAGGCCGUGAUUCCCGUGACAAUCCUCACGGGUUUCUUGGGCUCGGGCAAGACGACGCUGCUAAACUCAAUUUUGUCGUCGCCAGACCACGGGUUCAAGAUCAUGGUGUUGGAGAACGAGCUGGGCGCAGUGAGCAUCGACCAUGACCUCAUUGCCAACCACCCACGGGAAGGCGUCGUGGUAAUGCAGAACGGAUGCAUGUGCUGUUCCGCGCCGGCCACAGCCACGACCAACGAGCUGGAGCGCAUUCUGGACCAGCUGCUCGAGAUGCAGACCGCGGCCACCGACCGCUUUGACUACCUCAUCGUGGAAACCACGGGAGUUGCCGACCCCGGGCCAAUCCUCAAGACGUUUCUCGAGCUUCGCGCCAGUCGGUUCCGGUUGGAUGGCGUCGUGGCGUUGGUGGACACGUCGUCGCUGCUGAAAAUGGACUCGCAGCAGCACUGGCCCGUGGAAAUGCACUCGCAGCUCGUGUACGCCGACCUUAUCGCUCUCAACAAGAUGGACUUGGUGGAUGGCAAGGGCAUCGAAGUGGGCAAGCUCAAAGCGCACAUCCGAACCAUCAACCCCGACGCGACCGUGGUCGAGUGCCGCCAUUCGCGGCUCCCGAUCGCGGACCUGCUGCAUAUUCGCACGUUCGACGCGAGUCGGUUCGACUUUGACGCGGUCGUCGAAUCCAAACAUACCAAGGAUUUGGACACGGUCGUGCUGUCCGCCACCACACCGUUGGACUUGGGCGCGUUUGGCCACUGGUUGAACAACGUGGUGGACUCGCACUGGAAGCGCGGCAUCUUUCGGAUGAAAGGGUUUGUGCUCGACGAAGGUGGAAAUGUGUGGCUCCUCCAGUGUGUCUUGGACACGUAUACGCUAGCCCCAGCCACCGACCAACAGCACAAGACCAAGCAACGAGCGUUGACGUCUCAAGUGGUUGUGAUUGGAUUGCAUCUGGACAAACAUGCACUGGAAACAUCGUUUGCAUCGGUCGUGGCGCGACACCAGUCGUCGCAAAAAGACAAGCGCGUGUAGAAUUAUACUAGGCAUGUAUACUCGACUUGCAUGGCAUGUUGGUAUAUGUAUGCAGUGGUUGGAGUGCUUUAGCCAUGCAGUAGCUAGAGUGGAUAUGGAACGGACACUCGGGAUAGUAUAUAGUAUUGUCGAUUUUCUUCAAAUUUC